AUGGGGUUUUCUUAUUUUUUCGAUACUAGCGCAAAUCAGUUGCACAUUCAGCUCACUGAUGCAGCAUCAUUCUUCUCAAUGAAAAGAUCAUUCUCGAUUCCAUUUGAACAUAUUGUGUUGCCCAUCAUUGCAAAACCUGAAGCAGCUCAGCGAGUAUUCUUGGGCUUUCACUUUGGUACUCGAAUUCCCGGUGUUUUCAAUGCAGGUACUUUUUACUCUCUUGAUAUGCCAAGCAACAUGAGGAAGACGUUCAUCUAUAUGAGACGCCCUCAUAGAACUAUCCAGAUUAAUACUAAAAAUGAAGACUACAAGCGAUUGAUCUUGGAGGUUCCUAAUGAUUUCAUGGACCUGGAAGAAGAGGCAAACAGACUUACACAAUUGAUUGAAAAAAGCCAAUAA